AUGGAUGCCACCUUCCCCUCGAAAAAAUUUUUCUUGGCACCCAUUGUUAUCGGGGCUAACACAUCCGCCACCCAUCGACCACCAUUCGCAACGUCGCCCAUCAUGUCGUCGUUCGGAUUCGGAAGCGGUGGCUUCGGCCAGAGCAGUACCUCGAAUACAUUUGGCGGAUUUGGCAGCAACACCACCAACACAGGAUUUGGUUCAUCUGGAACUACGGCCUUUGGCUCGGGAGCCAACACGGGCACCUCCGGCGGCCUCUUUGGCGGCGGAGGCGGGUUCGGCUCAAACACCACCGGUGGGUUUGGUUCUGGUGGCUUCGGGGCCAAACCAGCCUUUGGCACACCGGCCACCACCAGCUCCGGCACGGGGCUGUUUGGGGGGGGAUCUACAACCGCGACAGCAGGCAGUGGAUUCGGUAGCGGCGGUUUCGGCAGCACCAACACCACGAGCACCCCCUUCGGCGGCGGCACGUCGCUCUUCGGUAACACGAAGCCUGCUACGACUGGCUUCGGCACCGGGACGUCGACUUUUGGCAGCGGCACUGGCGGCGGCCUCUUUGGCAGCGGCACAACGACCGGCACGACAGGCUUUGGUGCCACGAACAACCCUGGCAUUGGGACCAACGUCGGCGAUCCGCCCGGCACUGCUAUCGUUCCUUUCACCGCUACCGUGGAGAAGGAAGUGAACAACCCCUCACAAAGCAACGCGUUCCAGAACAUUCUGUUUAUGGACGCUUAUAAGAAAUGGUCGAGCGACGAACUGCGGCUGGCAGACUAUAACCAGGGUCGCAAGACUGGGAGCCCCGGCGGCACUGGCGGUUUUGGGAGCUCCGGUUUUGGAACUGGUGGCUUUGGUACUUCCACGAGCACUGGGUUCGGCUCCAAUACUGGGACAGGAUUGUUCGGGUCGACCACGGGUGGCUUUGGGACAAACACCACGACCGGCACAGGAGGAUUUGGCUCCGGUGGCGGUGGCCUUUUCGGCUCCAAGCCCGCAACUGGAGGGAUCUUUGGGAGCACAGCUACCUCCCAGCCGGCCCAGACAGGCGGUCUCUUCGGCACCUCAGGCGGUUUUGGGUCUACCAACACGGGAGCCACCAGCGCCUUCGGAUCGAAUACGGCCAACACAGGAGGUGGUCUGUUCGGAUCCGCGAACACGGCUACAUCCAAGCCUUCUGCAUUCAGCUUCGGCAACACCGGCACGAGUACCGGUGGCUUCGGCACCACAUCAACGACGCCCGCCUUCGGCACCACCACAAACACCGGGACCACGGGCGGAGGUUUAUUCGGAAACACCACUCAGACCACCAACACUGGCGGUGGCCUGUUUGGAAAUCAACAGCAGCAGUCAACUGGCACAGGUUUCGGUACUGGCACGGGUUUCGGGACACAAGCUCAGUCGACGGGAGGUGGCUUGUUUGGUUCCCAACAGCAGAAGCCUGGAGGUCUCUUUGGCAGCACAACAGCAAAUACGGGGACUACCGGUGGACUGUUUGGGGGCACAAACACUGGGACAUCGACCGGAUUCGGGACGUCUACGACUACCCAGCCUGCAACGGGCGGUUUGUUCGGCUCCAAGCCAGCAGGUACUGGCACAGGACUGUUUGGUAGUGGCACAACUACUCAAACCGGUUCCACUGGUGGCGGCCUGUUCGGUAACCUUGGAGCCAAUACUCAGACCCAGCAGACAUCACAGGGCUCCUCCCUCUUCGGUGGCGUAGGCCAGACAGCACAGGCCAAGCCUUCCCUCUUUGGCACCUCGACAAGCACUGGUGGCGGCCUUUUUGGCACCCAGCCUGCUCAGCAGCAAACCGGUGGACUGUUCGGUGCCAGCACAAACCAACAGCAGCCUCAAACAGGCGGCUUGGGCAACUCUCUCCUUGGCGCGUCGCAAGGCCAGCAGGCACCGCAGCAACCUUUCAACACGAGUAUCAACGACAUUUCGGCAUACGGCGCCCAAACAUUGUUUUCCGGCCUACCAGACGACAAGAUCCAAAACCCCGGCCCGCUCGCGACUCCUCUGUCUGGCAAGUCCAAGGUUAAGAGCCGGUCGAUCUUGCCGAUGUACAAGCUCAGCCCGGCGAACGCCUCUCGCUUCAUCACCCCGCAAAAGAGGGGUUUCGGCUUCUCUUACAGCGCCUAUGGUUCUCCUGCGAGCCCAUCCAGCGCGUCGAGCACGCCCGGUGGGUUUGGGCAAAGCCUCCUGGCCGGAAGCAUCAACCGCGGUCUGAGCAAGAGCAUUUCUGCCAGUAACCUGCGGCGCAGCUUCAACGUGGAGGAUAGCAUCCUUCAGCCCGGUGCUUUCUCUGCCAACUCGAGCAUGCGCCUUCUGGGGGGCGCCGGCAGCCACAAGAAGCUGAUUAUCAAUAAGGAAAUGCGCAGCGACCUGUUUACUUCUCCGAACAAGGAGAAACCACAGGCUUUGGAAGAUGCCAAUGGCUCGCGGAAGCUGACGAAGCGUGUCAGCUUCGACACCAGCACCGCCGAGGCGACUCCGGAUAGCCGCCCAUCCGCCCCCGAAGACACGGCCAACACUGACGACUUGGGAUAUCUCAAGCCGAGCGGCCGUCCAAGCACCAACGGCGUUAAUGGCGCCAAGUCGUCGUCCCCGGCCGCCGCAACCCCAGAGAUGGAGCAAAUCAAGGGUCAAGAACUGCCCGUCGUUCAUGAAGAGGAGUCACCUGCUGCUGUGCGCACCGAGAAGAAGCAGGCGUCGACGAUUGAGCCCGGCGCCUAUUGGAUGUCGCCGACCGCGGAAGAGAUCCGUGCCAUGAACCGGAUGCAGCGCCAGCGAGUUUCCGACUUCACUGUCGGUCGCGAAAACGUCGGGAGCGUCACUUUCAAGGUUCCUGUUGACCUUAGCAACAUAAACCUCGACGAAGUGCUUGAUGGUAUCGUUGUCCUGGAGCCCCGCUCGGCGACUGUGUACCCGAUCGCUGCGAAGAAGCCGCCUGUCGGCAAGGGAUUGAACGUUCCAGCCGUCAUCUCGUUGGAACAUUCGUACCCUCGCGGCGGUCCCGCGGCCUCUGGGCGCCGCCUUGAGCGCCACAUCGAGAGGCUCAAGACUUCUAUCCCAGACACGACCUUUGAGAGCUACGACAAAGAGACUGGAGUUUGGACCUUCUCGGUCGAACAUUUCACAACCUAUGGCCUAGGAGACGAGGACGAGGACGAUGAUGAGACUGAUGUCGAGGCGAUUCCCACCGGCCGCCCUGUGUCGAGCCCGUCAAUUGUUAAGGACUCCACCUCCCCUUCCGACCCCGACGACACCUUCGAGUUCAAGCGCUCCCGUCGUGCUGUCCCCGGAGCCUUCGACGAUGCCGCGCUGUCCGACAAUGAGGAGGUUUCUGAUGCUGCUCAACGCCAGGGUACGCUGUCUCCUGAACCCCAGGAGGCUGAUGCCCCCUUGCAGUCACGGGAAUGGCCCGAAGACGAAAGCAUGGCUGACGGACGCGAUGAAUACCAGCUCGAAACCUUUGAGCGGUCGUCUCAGCAGGGAUCUGUCGAGGAUCAGGACGAGCUCUGGCUCUCUCGUCAUCCCGAUGACGACAGCCAGGUUCCUGCUGGCAUCCUGAGGGCGCGCAUGCGGGCCUUGAAGAAGUCGACGGCGCCGACCAGAAUCGAGGUCGCUGGAGGUGAUGACUGGACGCAAAUCCUGCAGGCGAGCGUACGGGCGCCGAGGACGGUGGAUCGGGCGACGCUGCGCGCGCUGAACGAGUCUGGGGAAGUAUGGGAUAUGAAGGAUCGGGGCAGCCCGGCUCCGCAGAAGAAUAUGACAUCUGCACCUGACGGGACGGGAUUUGCCACGAGCAUCGACUUGAUGAAGUCGCUUUUCGAGCAAGCAAAGGGCUCGACUCAGCCGGUACAGGAGUCACCAGCCACGGGUUUCGUGAAGUGGCCUUAUCAGCAGCGUCCCAAGGUUGAUGCAGAAGAAGGCCCGUCGGUUCCGCGGCCCACCUGGGGACCCAAUGAACUGCUGGUCACGACACACCAUGGCGAACCCAGCCUGCAGCCGGUCAACGCGACCAUACCCGCUGCCGAGGAGUCGGUAGCAUCGCCUGAAGCUCUUUCUCGGCUUCAGGAGUAUAUCGAGAAGAAUUCCAGCAAGGAAGGUGCCCGCGCGGUCGCCGGGCCCGAGUUUCGAGAGCUGGCCCACGGCGACUCGACCUGGGAGCUUGCGGCUCUCCUUUUUGAGGACAAUGGAUACGGCCUGUCUGGCUUUUGGAAACAGUUGGUGUCCGCGGCCACCGACGACGCUCUUGCCCAGGAGUCCGGCCUCGAGGAGAAGGCGAUCCUCUGCCUGGCUGGCAACCGAGUGGCUGACGCCUGCGCGCACCUCCUCGCUGCCGGGAACUUUCGACUGGCCACGCUCGUCUCCAACAUCGGCAUGGUGAGCCACGAUAUCAAGGCUCAGCUGAAGGACUGGCGCGAAUCGAAUGCUCUGGCCGAGUUCUCGGAGCCCAUUCGAGCCAUCUACGAGCUUCUGGCUGGCAAUGCUGGGGUGUGUGCUGGCGUCAAAGGAGUUCCUAUCGAGAACCGGGUGGCUUCGUUUACGAUUUCUCAGCGCUUCGGUCUGGACUGGAAGCGGUCGUUUGGCCUUCGUCUCUUCUAUACCGCCAGGACAACGCCCAACGUUGCCGAGGCCGUCCGCUCGUUCCAGGCCGACAUCGACCAGGACAGGGAGCCGGAGCCCGACAGCGCUCUGUGGUCGCUGCUCAAGGCAUAUGCCAAUCAGGAGUUUGACUGGUCGGACACGCGCCUCGGGUGGCUCAUGACGAAGGCCAUAUUUGCUACCGGCAAAGUCUCAUUCGGGGAGCAGGCGACGGAGAAGCUCGACAUGGCCUCUCUUUCCUUCGCCGCGGCGCUCACGGCUCAAUCUCACUGGGUGCCGGCCACUUUCGUCUUGCUUCAGCUGUCUGACGGGGCCUCGCGCGAAGCGGCCGUUCGUGAUCACCUGGGACGCCACGCUCACCGCAUCGGCUCCCCCCGCAACCCGGCCAGCGCGUUCUCGGCUCUGCGCAAGUUCGGCGUGCCCGAGACGUGGAUCUGGGAGGCCAAGGCGCUCGACUUCCGCUCGCGCGGCGACUCGCAGCAGGAGUUUCUCGCGCUCGUCUGGGCGCAGAACUACGCGGAGGCCCACCAGGCCUUCGUCCAGCGCGUCGGCCCGGACCUGGUCAUCGCGCGCGACUACCACCGCCUCUUCCGCUUCGCGCAGCUCCUGUUCAAGGUUAAGGGCAAGCUGCAACAGGGCUGCUGGGACCGCGGCGCGGCCGUGUACCUGCUCUACCCGAUGGCGCGGCUCCAGCAGAGCAGGCACGACGGGCCGGACAGGUUUGACAGCCAGCUGUUGGACGGGCUGGUGGCGCUGCGCGGGCAGACGCACGGGGACAUACGGCAGGAGGCGGCCAUCGCGGACAUGGCGGAGGAGCUGAUCCGGUGCAGGGGCGGCGACCCGCGACUGUUCCAGCUGCUGCCGCAGGACGUGAGGGGCAAGUACAUGCGCACUCAGGCGCUGGAGAGCAUUGCGUAAGCUAGCCAGCUGGAGGGGGUUUCUUCCUUGUGGAAGAGGGUUUGGGGGGAAUGGGUCUUUGGCUGUGAGAAUGCCUGAGUGCUUCACGGAAGGGAUUGCUUGACGGGGAAGGGAUUGCUUGUACGGUUACAGGGUAAUUUUCGCGGGAAAGCGGAAGCUUGGUGGUUUAGCAGAAUGGGAUUUUACUGUGCAGCAUGUGUAUGUGAUGUGAGGCGAGGCGAUGCGGAGGACGUUCACGGUUCGGCGAUAGCAGGCGGGAGAAACUGCGUGGGAAGUAUUAGGGGUUAAGCUGUUUAGGUAGAUUAAUAACCGGCGAGAUUGCC